UAAUCUAUACCGAUUCUGAAUACGUGUUUGUUUUAAGUAACUUAGUCUCGGGUUGUAACUUUAUGGAAACACCCGGAAGCAGAAAGGAGUCCCGUAAAGCAGCGAGAACGCGCGCAGCAGAAAGCGCGCGCACACUGCGCCGUAAGAUGUCGAUAAGUGUCGCAGCGACGGCUCCGCGGGAGACAGGCUUCAUCCUCCAGAUCCGCGCGGGAUGCCGAGCAAGAAGAAGAAAUACAACGCCAGGUUUCCCCCGGCCAGGAUUAAGAAGAUCAUGCAGACAGAUGAAGAAAUCGGGAAAGUGGCCGCAGCAGUUCCUGUCAUCAUCUCUCGUGCUCUGGAGCUCUUCCUGGAGUCUCUGCUGACCAAAGCGUGUCACGUCACACAGUCACGCAACGCCAAGACCAUGACCACCUCACACCUGAAGCAGUGCAUCGAGCUGGAGCAGCAGUUUGACUUCCUGAAGGAUCUGGUGGCGGCGGUUCCUGACAUGCAGGGCGAGGGAGAGGAGAACCACACGGAGGGAGAGAAGAUCCCACGCAGAGGUCGCAAGCCCGGCUCAGGACGUAAGAACGGCAGAGCUGGAGCCAAAGGCAAAGACAAGAAACUCUCAGGCACUGAAUCAGAGCAAGAGGAGGAUUCAGAGGAGAGUGAGACAGACGGAGAGGAGGAUGAGGAUUCGUCUCAAACCAGCACAAACACACAGCCUGCAGUGUUCUUCCACAGGGAGGCGGCGCUGCAGUGUGUUCCCGUGAGCUCCCAGCAGGUGGCGCUGCUGCCGGCCGUCCCACACAAGAACGAGGAGGAGGACGAGGAGGACUACGACUCAUAGCUGCUCUCUUCUCUUCUCUUCUCUUCUCUUCUCUUCUCUCCUCUUCUCUCCUCUUCUCUUCUCUUCUCUUCUCUUCUGUGGAGCGAGGCACAGACGAGCACCUCAGCACCCCUAGCUCCUCGUCUAGAUGUGUUUUAAGUUGUUUUAAUCUUAUUUUAUGGUGCAGGAGCAGCUGAGGUGUUUGUGGAGAAGCGAGAGUCCUUCAGUUCUCCUGUGGCUCGUGUUUCUGAUGUUUUAAGCUAGUUUUAUGAUAACAGCUCGUCUGUCGUCUGGCGGUGCUGUCGUGCAGGUUUGAACUCUUCCCCGGACGAGGCACGCGUGUAUCGAUGGUUUCCUCUUAGUUUUAUGUUCUGGACUCUUUUAUUGUUUGCUGUGAAGCUGGAGAGAGUCUCGUGACUUCUCUCGUCUGUUCACUUUUAACAUGCUCUUGAUUUUGUAUGAGUGAAAUAAACUUGAGGUUUCAGUAA